AUGCCAUCAACGCCAUUCUUCAUACCUGACACUUCACCUUUAUUUAAUUAUACCCCCUCAAAUUCGUGGUUGGGAGCGUAUAGACCAAAAGGUGAUGGAUGGGAUCAGACUUUUCAUAUGACCGCUUCUGGAGACGCAGUGGUUUCUAUCAAUGUGACUGCAUCAUCAAUAAGAUUUCAAACAUCUUCUUCUUCCUCCAUAUCGACCGACAACAAAGAUGGAGAUGAAGAGUGUGAAGCAGAGUAUAGAAUCAAUGGUACGGAUUGGUCUGACGCAUGUCGGAAAGACUCAGAUGAAUAUGUCAAAGAAGGUUUACCCUGGGGUUUACACAUGAUUGAGCUGAAAGGGAAGAAUGGGGGUGGUAUAGAAUUCAUGGGAUUGGAAGGGGAAUUACCAAUGUAUACCCCUGGAAGUGCGAUAAAUCGAACGAUGGAUAAUACAGAUUCGAUAUUCAAUUAUACGAAUUCAGAUCAGUGGACACUCCUGUCUGCGAAUGAUGCGAAUGCGGCAUAUUCGAAUUUCACGUUGAAAACUAUGUAUGAAGGUGAAGGGUUGAAUGCGUUUUAUGGAAGUUCAUUGGCUGGGACGACUGCACAGGGAGCUAAAGUAGAAUUGACCUUUCAAAGCGAAGCAAUUUACGUGUAUGGAUUAUCGGGUCCUAAUUCCGGUACUGCACAGAUAUCGCUGGAUGGUCAGAUACAGCAGAAUAUCAAUAUGAAGAACGCUUGGGAGACCCAUGGCGCCUUGCUGUAUGUAGGAGGCGGAUUCAACCCUAACGAAACUCAUACAUUGAGUAUCGUGAAUAAUCAACAAGGUGAACAAUUGAUUAUAGACUAUGCUCUAUUGUCCAUUCCGCAAGCGGAAGAAGAAUCCCACAUACCCCUGAUAGCCGGUAUCUCAGGAGGAGUCUCGGCUCUCCUGAUUCUGCUGGGCUUAUGUGGGCUGUUCAUUGUCCGACGAAACAAACGACGAACCAAAGCGACAAAGCUACGUCAACAAAACGUACAGUACGCCUUUGCCAAUGGGAUAGGAAAAGAUGGACCGCUCAAUUCUGGGAAAUCAUUUUCGACUUCCACUCUCAACGACUGGAGAAGACCUCCUUCUUCACUCUUAUCACCCAAUACUCCAGCGUCUAGUCAGUCUUUGAAUAAUACGGGAGAGUACAUUUGGGGAACAGGUAGACCAGCAGGAUUAGAUCUGUCCUAUACGAGAAGUCCCAACACAGGCACACCUGGUAUUAACAAUUCAACCAAUCAUGGUGUACAAUCACAUUCUCAACCUAUUCCACCACCUUUCAACUCUCCUCCACCUGAUUAUCCUGAUUAUAUACCUUAUCAACCACCUGCAUCGGAAAGUACAGGUACAGGUACAGUAGUAUCAACUUCGGGUAAAUCAGCUUAUCGACCUGUAAAUCCUCGAUCGAAUACCGCACCUAACUUGUCAUCAUCCACCUCACCGCAAUUGGCAGUUAUCAAUCCAUCUACGCCAUUAACUGCUGGAGGGUGGGCUCAAAGUGCCAAUCGAGCUAUAUCACCUUCGGGUAGUUUAGGUAAUAGAAAAUCACCUUUGAUCGAUCGGAUCAAUCCUCUUGGUCCGGCACGAAGUAAACCUGAAUAUGAUGAUAUUGCUUUAGAUAAUUACACCCCAAGGCAUCCGAGUCGAAAUCAAAGACCCAUAACUCCACCGCCUAUUCCAGCUGAAUAUGGCGAUUAUACACCUACGACAGCUCAUACACCCUACCGCAAAUAUACCACCUCGCCAUCGACAAUGACUCAUUCACCCUCCUCUUCUAUAGGUGUACAGAGGACAGCUACGAGGAGUUCAAUCAUGUCGAAUAUACCCAGAUUGACAUCUGUCAGAGAAGCGAUUUCGUCGAUAUACAAUCGAACAAAUUCGACUGGACCAGAUUCAUCGUUGAAAUUAGUCACAACAACCGGUGGCUCUGAGCCCGGAUCUAUGGCCUUAACUACCAGUGGUCUGCCUACUGCAUCAAGUAAUAGUACACCGAAAACACCAAAGUACAUACAGCAACAAUCGGAAGAAGAAGCUUUACGAAGAGGGUUAAGUGUUAAAUCCAACAAAACUACAGGAACGAUGAAAUCUUGGUUAUCGAAUUUAGUCUUUGCACCAUCUACAUCGAACGGUGUAAAUGUUGGUAAUUUACCUUCUUUACCUUCUACACCUAUAUUACCUCAGGCUGCUGCUCGUCCAGACUCGGGUAUAUUCCCAUUAGCAUUGAACGGAUCGGUACAUUCCAUACCACUUAGAUCAGGAAGUGGGAAUGGGACACCGGUACAGAUGGUUCCUAGUACUGCUACGAGAAGUUUCUUUGGAGGUGUGAUAAGUUCACCAUCAACUUCCAAGACUCUUAAUGGAUCGUGGGGUAAUUCUAUUACUCCAAAAUCAGAUGGUUCGUCGCCUUUUGCAUAUACCACUUCGACGGGGACUAUACCUGGUGGUAACCCUAUACCAAGUAGGAGUACGACUGGAUCAUCUUCUGGAGGAGGAUAUGGGUAUGGAUAUUCAAAUGAUGGUAAUGGAGAUUCAAGUGGAAUGGGGAACCAAAUGUUUAUAGAGUUGAAUCCGAAUAGUCCAAUCAUGGGUGAUAGUAGACCGGGAAGUGAGUGGACGAACGGACCUAGAUUAUAUUGA